AUGGGCCGUCCCCGAAAGAGGCGACAUGUGGAUGUGGAUGAUGAGGCAACUCUACCAGCACCGACCAUCUCCCAGCCUCCAGAGGAAGCCCUUCUUUUUCACCAGCCAGAUGAUAAUAUCUCCUAUGAGCACCAGAAUCAGACGCAAACCACCGGGGAUUUGCUUCUUAAUCUCAACUUCCUGGACGAUCCAGCUAAUGCAAAUGCCGAUACAUGGGACUUGCAAUCUAGCCAUGACAUGUUUUCUUUCAAUCCGCAGAUCGUGGAACCGCAAGGCUUACUCGUUGACAAUGCGACAUUGCCUACAUUGGAUCUGAGUGGUGUCGACCUUCUCGGUAGCAUCAAUUUUGGCGAGACAGACGCUCCGCAAGAAACAAUUUCGAUGGAACUCAGCAACACACUUCAGCAGUACCUAGCAGAUCAGAUUGAAUCCUCAAACCCAGGAUCAAAACAGAACUCGGACACGCCGACACCACCUGACUCUAGCGAAACUGAUGCCUCUGUUGAAUCCACUGAGAGUGUGAUUAGAACGCCGACUCCAUCUAUGCGACCUGUACCUACAGUGUCUUGCGGUUGUUUAUCAUCACUUUAUUUAGCUCUCGAGUCUCUUGGAAAUCUGCCGGCUGAGGUCAUACCGGCCAUGAAAGUCGCACGGAAUGCAUCCAGAGUUGCUCACGACGUUAUCAGAUGCACUGUCUGUUCUGCAUCUUUGCUUGACGAACCCACUAAGCCUCCUCCCAUACAAUCCUUCCAGAACCUCAUGCUUCUUGGCGCUCUGGUACCAUCUGCAUGCAAUGCCUACGCAAGGAUUCUAGAAAUGGUAGAUGAAGAGGCUGCGCUCGCCAAGCUGCAAGGACGCACCUUUUGGUUUUCAUUCAAAGAAAUCGGUGGUCUCUGGGGUUGCAUUGGGGGUACGCCUAGGGGCUGCACGACUUAUCAAAGCUACAACAACAAGAACAUGCCUCCCGACAUGUGGAGAAUGACAAUCAGGGGACUUCUGCGCCUCGACGUCUACGGGUUGGAUGAGAAGGACCAGGAGAUCCCAGGCGCGAUGACCUAUCGACAACUUGGACUCAAAGAUGUCGUUGGGCAACUUGAGGAGAGAAGCAAAAAGAGACAUGAUGCUCUCGACGCACUUCAUGCUGCUGGGCACACACAUGAAGCGGCUCGUGGAGUUAUUUACCCGACUAAGGCUUGUUCUCCAGCAGAGCGCAAUUGUACCAAAGUCCUCGAGACAGCACGUAUUGCCCUAGAAAAUCUAGUUAUCGCGUAG